GGACAACAGAGCCCUGUGAAGCCGAGAGCGCCCCUAAGAGGAGGCCCGCCCGUGGGUCCCCAUUGGUCGCCUCCUGCCCACGCUCCUGUCGGCUGCCCUGACAGGAGUCAUCAUGCCUCGUGCUCCAAAGCGACGGCGCUACAUGCUUGAGGAAGGCCUUCAGUCCCAAAGCGAGACGCAGGGCCCAGUGGGUGCACUGCUUCCUGUGGCUGUGGAAGAGGAUACUUCUUCGUCCUCCACCUGCUCCUCCUCUUUUCCCUCCUCUUUCCCCUCCUCCUCCUCUUCCUCUUGCUAUCCUCUCUUGUCGAGCACACCAGAGGAGGUUGAUGAUGUCGCUGGGGCCCCGAGUCCUCCCCAGAGCCCUCAGAGUGCCCGCCCCUCCCCCACUGCCAUGGCCUCCCCUCCACUGAGCCAGUCUGAAGACGACAGCUCCAGCAGCCGAGGAGAGGAGGGUCCGAGCACCUCACAGGCCCUGCCAUACACUGCGUCCUUUCCCAGAAAUGUGAUUGAUGGCAAGGUGGCUGAGCUGGUGGAGUUCCUGCUUGUCAAGUAUCGCACAAAGGAGCCGACCACAAAGGCGGAGAUGCUGAAUACGGUCCUCAGAGAUUACCAGGACCACUUCCCUGUGAUCUUCAGACAAGCCUCUGAGCACAUGCAGCUUGUCUUUGGCAUUGACGUGAAGGAAGUGGACCCCAGCGACCACGCCUAUGUCCUGGUCACCACCCUGGGCCUCACCUACGAUGGGAUGCUGAGCGAUGAGCAGAGCAUGCCCAAUACCGGCCUCCUGGUGAUGCUCCUGGGCGUCAUCCUCCUGCAGGGCGACUGUGCCCCUGAGGAGGACGUCUGGGAAGCACUGAGUGUCCUGGGGGUGUGUGCCGGGAGGGAGCACUUCAUCUACGGGGAGCCCAGGGAGCUUAUCACUAAAGUUUGGGUGCAGGAGCAGUACGUGGAGUACCGGCAGGUGCCCAACAGCGAUCCUGCUCGCUACGAGUUCCUGUGGGGUCCCAGGGCCCACGCUGAAACCAGCAAGAUGAGUCUCCUGGAGUUUUUGGCCAGUGCCAUUGGGAGUGACCCAAGGUCCUUCCCAGUGUCGUAUGAGGAAGCUUUGAGAGAUCAGGAAGAGAGAGUUCAGGCCAGAAUUGCCAGCACGGAUAAUGCUACUGACACGGCCAGUGCAAGUUGUAGUACCGUGCCCAGUAGCUCCUCCUGCCCUGAGUGAAGUCUAAAGCAGAUUCUUCACUCUGUGUUUUAGGAAGGCAGUCAAUGAUCUAAGCAGUGGAGGGCCAGGCUGGGGCUGAGGGUAUUAUAGGGCAUAACAGCUUUGUGUUCCUGUUCCAUAGGGGUGACUUUGAAAUGUAUCAUCUUC